CUGCAGAAGACAUUUUUGCCCCAGGGAGACAGGGAUAGAAGCCACAGAAAUGAUGAGUACCCUUGGGGCCAAUGGGCAGUCACCUCUAGGGUCUGACUUCCAGAAGGAGAAGAAGAGAAAAAGCCCAAUCGUUUUGGAGUUGGGAAGAGGCUAGAACAUGGCUUCUGAUUCUGUGACCUUGAGCUUCAUAGAGGAACCGAAAGACUCCUCUAUAAAAAGGUGGAGUGGUUCUAAAUUUCUGGCAGCCAGUGGGAACAGAGGAGCAGCGGAUUCAGCCCAAAGAGGCUCAAGGCUGAGCCAUGGGAGGGGCCAGCGAAGGGGGCGGGAACUGAACCCCGGAGGACUUGACCACAGUGUGCAGUGUGCGGCGCCGGCUGCUCAGAGCGGAGCCAUGAGCUGGACCUGCCCACGUUGCCAGCAACCCGUUUUCUUUGCAGAGAAGGUGAGCUCCCUGGGCAAGAACUGGCACCCAUUCUGUCUGAAAUGUGAGCACUGCCACAGCGUCCUGUCCCCAGGAGGGCAUGCAGAGCACAACGGAAGGCCGUAUUGCCACAAGCCAUGCUAUGGGGCUCUCUUUGGACCCAGGGGGGUGAACAUUGGUGGUGUGGGCUCCUACCUCUACAAUUGCCCCACCCCCACCCCUGCCAGCGCUACUCCUCUUAGCCCCAGCAGCUUCAGCCCCCCCAGGCCCAGGACUGGCCUCCCCCAGGGCAAGAAAAGCCCUCCCCACACGAAGACGUUCACUGGGGAGACCUCGCUGUGCCCUGGCUGUAAGGAACCCGUCUAUUUCGCUGAGAAGGUGAUGUCUUUGGGCAGAAAUUGGCACCGACCCUGUCUGAGGUGCCAGCGGUGCCGGAAGACCCUGACUGCUGGGAGUCACGCUGAGCAUGACGGCGUCCCCUACUGCCACAUCCCCUGCUAUGGCUACCUGUUUGGCCCCAAAGGUGUGAACAUUGGUGAUGUGGGCUGCUACAUCUAUGACCCCGUGGAGAUCAAAUGAGAUGCUCAUAGCAGAGGUCACCCUAACUCAGGCCUCCCAUCAUCCUCUCCAUGGUCCAAUGGAAGCUACAGAAUUCUCUAGUCCCACGAGGGUGCGAGAAGGUGUGAUUCUGGCAGCCUGGGCCUAGGCUCCAUGGUAGACCAGAGUCUACACUUUCUCUGCCAACUCCUCCCUUUCCCAUUCCUAUCUGGUCAGGCAACAUAGGCCACCCCAUUUGAAGGUUAGUGUCUUGGUCUUCCCAAUCCCUUGAUCCAGCAAAUUCUGUAACUUCAAGGUACUCAUAAAACUUGUGUUUAUUUUGGCUUCUCCAAUAAA